AUGCUGCGGCGCCACUUUCAGCUGUUUCUUCGUAGGACGCCCCUGUGGCUUGCUGACGAUGGUUCUUCUCUUUUUGAGCGUUACACAGAAAUUGAGAACUCUAACGAACGACGGAUGAGUGCAUUGAAGGCAUGCGGAAUGUUUGACGAUGAGUGGAUUGCCACAGAGAAGGUUCAUGGCGCCAACUUUGGGAUUUACUCCAUCGAAGGUGAGAAAACCAUACGUUACGCGAAAAGAAGCGGUAUUAUGCAUCCCACUGAACAUUUCUUUGGCUAUCAUAUGUUGGUACCGCAGUUGCAGCAGUACAUCACCGUCACCCGUGAGAUGCUCUGUGACAAGUUGCAGAAGAAGUUGCACACUGUUCUUAUAAACGGCGAGUUGUUUGGGGGGAAGUACGACCACCCAAGUCUUCAAAAGACGCGAAAAACGGUUAUGGUGGCAGGUAAACCCCGGACAAUUAGUGCCGUGCAGACGGAUUCGUUUCCUCAGUACAGUCCUGAUCUUCAUUUUUAUGCGUUUGACAUCAAAUAUAAGGAGACUAACGAGGCUGAAUACGUUACUCUCACAUUUGAUGAUGCAACUGAAUUGUUUAAGAGGGUUCCUGGAUUACUGUAUGCGAGGGCCAUCAUUCGGGGCCCAAUGUCGAAGGUGGCGGCCUUUGAUGUGGAGCACUUUGUCACCACCAUUCCGCCGCUUGUCGGGAUGGGCAACUACCCAUUAAAGGGUAAUUGGGCAGAGGGACUUGUAGUGAAGCAUGCAAAGCGAGGCACGCCUGGCUUUGACCCCAAGGGAUUGACCAUUUUGAAGUUUAAGUGCACCGCCUUUCAGGAGAUCUCGACAGACCGGCGUCAAGGGCCUCGCGUUGACGAAAUGGAGAGUGUGCGACGGGAUUCAAUUAGCCGCUCGGGUAUUCAGCUCCCUGCUCUGGAAAGCAUCAUACAUGAUCCAGUGCAGCUGGAAGCAUCGAAGUUUCUUCUGGAUCACAUCUGUGAGAAUCGCCUGAACGCCGUCCUGUCAAAGAUUGGAACGGACCCCUUUGAGAAGCAGGAGAUGACGCCGGAUGAUCUGGCGACACUGUUGGCCAAGGAUGCCUUGAAGGAUUUUCUCAAGGAGGCGGAACCUGCCAUAGUGAACACGCCCAUUCUCACUCGCAGGGACAUGGCAAGAUACGUUCUAUUUGAAUCGAGGCAGCUGGUCUGUUCACGUUGGAAGGCGAUUUUACAACGACAGACGGCCGAUGUUGUUGAGUGA